AUGGACAGGCUGGUCUUCUGCUGUCUGCUUUUUCUAGGACUCCUGGACCCACUCCUGUCCCUUCCCAUCACUGACACUGGUGAAGAGACUCUUCGGCUUCCAGUGCUUGAAGAGGAUGCUCACUUGGCUCUGGAGGAGCUGGAAAGGAUGGCCCUCCUGCAGACGCUGCGACAGGCAAUGGGCACAGAGGCAGGCGAAGGUCUCGGGGAAGCAGAUCCCAGUGAUGAUACUCCCACCCUAAGGGGAAGCUUGAGAAAGGCUUUUUCUGGACAAGACUCUAACACUGUUCUGAGUCGUCUUUUGGCAAGAACCAGGAAACAACAUAAGCAACAGAGGCCUGUCUCGGAAUGCUUCUGGAAAUACUGCAUUUGA